UGAGAAAUGGAAAGAAAAAGGAAACUACAUUCCCAUUUCUAUACCUUCUUCGCCUCUAGUUCCUUUUAUUCCUUCAUAUUUAUCAGCCUCCAAUAACUAUUUUUGUUACUUACCAAAAGUUGCCUAACUUUUUUUUUAGCUGACACACAUACACACAAAAAAAAGAAAAGAAUCUGAAAUUUGGGUUGUUCAAGGUUUGGAUAAUUUUGCUGAAAAGUUGAUACCAAGAUUUGAUUUUGGCUAGUAAAAGAUUGAUAUUUCUUGUUACUUGUGACCCUUUUCAACUUUUUUUCCACCAAAAGUUACCUAAUUUUUUUUAGCUGACAGACACAAAAAAUAUAAAAGUUGGGGUUUUUUCAAGAUUUGGAUAUUUUUGCAGAAAAAUUGAUAUAAAGGCUGGAUUUUGGCUAGUGAAAGAUUGAUAUUUUGGUGGUUUUUUUUGUUGUUUUUUUGUGAUGGGCAAUUGUAUUGGUUCGUCAGCUAGAGUUGAAGCUACUUUGAGCUCUAAUACCCCUUCUGCUUAUGAAGCCUCGAGAAUUUCCAGCAAAAAAAGCAACUCUUCUGUUCCAUCAAGCCUAAGUAUUCCAUCCUAUGGUAGGAAAAGCAGUUCUGAAAGCCUUCCUACUCCAAGAUCCGAAGGCGAAAUAUUAUCUUCUUCUAAUGUCAAAUCCUUCUCGUUCAAUGAAUUGAAAAAUGCAACAAGGAACUUUAGACCUGACAGUCUUCUUGGGGAAGGAGGAUUUGGUUGUGUUUUUAAAGGAUGGAUUGAUGCGCAGACUCUUACUGCUUCAAAACCUGGUUCCGGAAUGGUGAUUGCUGUCAAGAAAUUGAAACCAGAGGGUUUUCAAGGUCACAAGGAGUGGUUGACUGAAGUUAAUUACCUCGGGCAACUUCGUCAUCCAAAUCUGGUUAAACUCAUUGGCUAUUGCAUCGACGGUGACAACCACCUUUUGGUGUAUGAGUUCAUGGCUAAAGGAAGCUUGGAGAACCAUUUGUUUAGAAGAGGACCUCAGCCUCUAAAUUGGGCAACAAGAAUUAAGGUGGCUAUUGGUGCUGCUAGAGGCCUUGCAUUCCUUCAUGAUGCUAAAGAACAAGUCAUAUACAGGGAUUUCAAGGCUUCUAAUAUUCUGUUGGAUGCAGAAUUUAAUUCAAAGCUGUCAGAUUUUGGUUUGGCUAAGGCAGGGCCAACUGGUGACCGCACACACGUAUCCACUCAAGUAAUGGGUACACAAGGCUAUGCUGCUCCAGAAUAUGUUGCUACAGGGCGUUUGACAGCGAAAAGUGAUGUAUACAGCUUUGGUGUUGUGUUACUUGAACUGCUAUCAGGAAGGCGUGCAGUUGAUAACACAAAGGUCGGUAUAGAGCAGAAUCUUGUAGACUGGGCAAAGCCAUAUUUAGGUGACAAAAGGAAAUUGUUCCGAAUAAUGGACACCAAACUAGAAGGCCAGUAUCCUCAAAAAGGAGCAUAUACAGCUGCUAACCUUGCUUGGCAGUGUCUAAGCAUUGAGCCCAAGCUCCGACCUAAAAUGUCCGAGGUUUUAACCGCUCUUGAAGAACUUCAAUCUCCAAAAGGUGUUAGUAAACUCUCCCAUACACUCGAGCACAAGGCUAGUAAACUCUCCCAUACACUCGAGCACAAGGCUAUUUCCAGCCCUGUGGCGUUAUCACCUAUGAGAUAUCGCUCACCCAUGCAUAUGACACUGUCUGCUUCUCCAUUACAAGCCUAUCAAAAGUCGCCUCGCGGAAGGUGACUCAGAGAGUAUACAUAUUUUGUUUGUCAUUGUACAGUGCGCGUAUAUCUCUACUACCAAAUUUUGUUCUAUAUGUUCUAAUGCAUUGGCAUUCCAAGAAUCUAUUAUUAUUAUUACUUCUUUUGGCCAAUGCUUACUUUGUAAGCUAUACAGACAAUUAGCUCUCACUGUAUUGAGAUGAUAAUCUUUUCCCUUCUAAACUACUGCCUACUUGGUGAAGUCAACAGACUCCACCGUAGUGUUGGGAUGAUGUACAAGAAGCACUUUCUAAUAUUUAGCUAGCAUUUCGUCAUA